CCAAAAAAAAAAAAAAAAAAAAAAAAGCGCACUGUGCGUACCAAGAGGACGCAAGCGAAUUUCGAGAAUCCGGUUCGGUCGUGCCGCGCCGACGCCGCCUGUGCUCACGGAGCGACUGACCACUGGCUGGGCUCUCCUACCCGAACGGCACCGAGCGGCAGGAGGUCGAGAGACUGGUGCGCAGUGAGGAUUUCUCCCGGGCUCGAGGACGACAAUGCGCUUCGUUAUGCACGCGGUGCACCGGACGCCAGGCAGCGCCAACUUUCCGCUCGGCGUGUGACGCGGCUUGGGUGCGUUGAGUCCGCUCCAAGAGCAGGACUGCGAUGCAGGUGAAAAGUGGCCGCUCACGUUCCUGAAAUGUCUCGCUGCGCCGCCGACGCGCUCCACUGUGCCACGGCAGCCCCGCGCUGACAGAUGCCAGCAACAAAGUGUCGCGUAAUUACAAGUUGUCGAGCAACGAGCGUCCACGACGGUGCUGAAGCGUUUAUGGGGACUGCGUACUUGAUCUCCCGGCCGCCAUCCGAAGAGCUUUGCCCCGAGGCUACUCCGUCUGUCGGCCGCUGUCGCACGGGGCUCGAACUCGAGUGCUUGGUUGCCCACUGACACUGACUGUGACUGUGACACUGAGCCGGGCCCGAAGCUAACUCACCGGCUAUGAAGGCUUUCGCCCGGUGACACUGCAGUCUUUCUCGUCGCAUCGCCCCCGCUUCGACAUAGGACUACGGCAAAAGAAUCGCGUGACAGUAUUGUCCGCCAUACGUGCCAACGCAGCGGGAUUCGUACGUGCGGUCGGCGUCGGCGUCGACCUCCUCUCCACCCCCAUCCCCAUCCCCGUCCCCAUCCCCAUCCCCAUCCUCAUCCUUCCCGCAGUGACGGUUAUGGGUCGGAAGCGGUGUGUAGGUGCAGAUUGUUCCAAGAUGGCGGCCGGGUGCUGCGGGGUGAAGAAGCAGAAGCUGUCGGGAUCGCCCGGGUCGGGGGGUCCCGGCGGGGUGGGGGCGGGAAGCGGGGUGGCAGGAACCGGACAUUGUGGAUCGGAGUUGGGGAUUGGCUCCUCGGCGACCGUCGCAGGAGCGCCGAACGUGAGCAGGGCCAACGGCCUGGGGGGACCCGGCGGCGGCGGCGGCGGCGGCGGCACGGGCGCUCUGUCUCCUCUGUCUCUGUCUCCAGCCCCGGCCCCGGCCGGUUACACUUCAUCCGGUCUCGCCCCGAAUCUCAGCCCAGGACCUGGACCUGGACCUGGACCUGGAUCGGGAAGUGGCGGCAGAAAAAUGGUCGUUUCGGCGGAGAUGUGCUGCUUCUGCUUUGACGUGCUUUAUUGCCAUCUGUACGGAUACCAACCUCCAAGAACACCCAGGUUUACAAACGAUCCCUACCCGCUUUUUGUCACAUGGAAAAUAGGCAGAGACAAGCGGUUGAGGGGUUGUAUAGGUACAUUUUCUGCCAUGAAUCUGCACUCAGGACUCAGGGAGUACACCCUUACCAGUGCCCUUAAAGACAGCCGCUUCCCCCCCAUGACAAGGGAUGAGCUGCCUCGCCUCUUCUGCUCAGUGUCUCUUCUCACCAACUUUGAAGAUGUCGGUGACUACCUUGACUGGGAGGUGGGUGUUCACGGUAUUAGGAUUGAAUUUUUCAAUGAGAAAGGAUCAAAGCGCACCGCCACCUACCUGCCAGAGGUCGCAAAGGAGCAAGGUUGGGACCACAUUCAAACCAUCGAUUCCUUACUCCGAAAGGGAGGUUACAAAGCUCCCAUCACAAAUGAUUUCAGGAAGACCAUCAAGUUAACCAGGUACCGUAGCGAGAAGAUGACGAUGGGCUACGCGGAGUACAUAGCCCACCGCCAACAUCACCACUACCAGAACGGCAUCGGGCACCCCCUCCCACCCUACAACCAUUAUUCCUGACAGCGAGCCGCAUGACCAAUCAUUGGACCUCUCUGCGGACCUUUUCCCGGGAGAGCCCGCCCCCUCCUGGUCUAGCUAUUUCUACUACUGUACCAUUUUAUGAUGAUAGUUUCCGUUGCCGUGCCGACUGUCUCCCGAGACGUCGACUUGGCAACGGUCGAUUGAUUCCGGCGAGAAAUUCGCCUCCUCGGCGCUUUUUCUUGGCCUGUGGUUUUUGCAGCAUACGUAUGUCAAGUCGAGCCCUUCGUUCGUUUGUUUGUUUGUUUGUUUUUUUUUUUUUUUUUAAAUUUGAAUUUUUAUUCUCAAGGCACUCAGCAAAUCCAAACAGAUUCGUCUCAUAGGGUGGAUUCAUAAUCCCUGGGGAAAUAUUAAGUGGGCUUUGCUACUGUUUUAUGUGUAAUCUUUUUUUUUUUUUUCCUCCUGACUUGAUGUAAACCAUGUAGCUGGGAGGGGGGACGGGGGGGGGGGACUGUUAUUCUCAAAGGCUGUCUUGUCUCCUCUGAUCCCUCUCCAAAAAAAAAAAAAAGUGGACAAAAGAGUGACACAGAAUUUGUUUAUAAUCUUUUUCAACUCUUAGUUUUGUCGAUGACCGUUUAUAUUUGGCCGUGUACGCGAUCGAGCAGUUUGCGUUGAUCGCGUGAGCUCGCACCUUUUGUGUUUGGGUCUGGAUAUUGACAUUAACACCAAAAAAAUUGGGAUUUGACCUUAUUAUGCAUUACUUUUGUGUGUGUGCUUUGUUUCUCAAUCUUUGAGGGAGGAUGAGUGUGGUGAGGUGAAUUUUUCAAUAUUUUUGGGUUUCCUGGCGGUAAGACGUCGUGUCUGCCUCGAACAAUAGAAGCAGAUCCAGAGUCCGCGUAUGCAAGCUGUCGUUUCGGGUCAAGCCAUAUUUGAUCUCCAGCACACAUUGAGUCAGAUUCCGGCGUGCGGUGUACCGUCCGUGUCCUUUUGCAGAAGAGGUGGUGUCCCCGUCGGGCGAUGUGUUCCAACAGCUUCUUUUGUUUGGUCAGCUGUGAAGACGCGACGGAAUUAGUACGAAGGGAUGGUCCCAACGUGGUGCAAAUUGCCCGUUUUGCUUUGACGGACUGGAAUUUAUAGAUUAUUAUGAUUAUUUUUUUUUUUUUUUGGAGAGAGGUUCUUGCUACUUGACCAAGACCUUUUGGAACAGCCUUUACUUUACUUAACUAACUGGCAGAUUCUUCACUUUUUUUCUUUAUGCAAAAAGAAAAAAACGUCAAGGGCUUUCAGCACUCCAUCCACAGUCAACCCGAAAUGACGUCGAAAGUUGUGUUGCCUUAAAUGAAUGCGUUGAAAGCGAAUGGAGCGAGAGAGGACGCUCCGCCUCCGACCCCCGUUUCGUACUUCCCGUGCCACGCGUGGGUCGAUCGGACGCGUCCUACCUGGCCCCCGCGACCUUUGAAAGGUCAAACCACGGGAAGAGUGGAUGAUUUGCCCCCCCCCCCCAAAAAAAAAGGGGGGGGGGAAGCGUCGCUCUCCCGCUCCAUUUAAUCACAGCACAACCAGAAAUGAUCUGCUGCAAAACCAAAUUGACCGUUCUCUUUGACAUAUGUCUUUGUAUGCACAUGCAAUGGAAACACGUUGCAUGUAUGUAUGAGUAUGAGACCUAUGGUUUUCUUCAUGAAAUAUAUAUA